AUGGCUCUCCAUCGCAGCUUAGUCAAUGCUAGUCGAUUUCUCUUUUUCUCUAUCUCUCUCUCUCUCUCUCGCAACUCUUGUCAGACUUUACCUGUUUCUUUCAUACUCUCUCUCUCAAAUUUCUGUUCAUCUAUCUAUCUAUCUCUAUCUAUCUAUCUAUCUAUCUAUCUAACAGAUGUCACACACUUCCUAUCUAUCAGAGCGCAUUCUCUCUCUCUCUCUCUCUCUCUCUCUCUCUCUCUCUCUCAACUCGACACAAAUAUAAAAUUUUCUCUUUCCUUUAUUCCAAAAUCUAUCUAUCUAUCUAUCUAUCUAUCUAUCUAUCUAUCUAUCUAUCUAUCUAUCUAUCUAAUCUGUUCAUAUCUAUCUAUCUAUCUAUCUAUCUAUCUAUCUAUCUCAGUCCGUUCAUAUCUAUCUAUCUAUCUAUCUAUUUAUCUAUCUAUCUAUCUAUCUAAGUCUGUUCAUAUCUAUCUAUCUAUCUAUCUAUCUAUCUAUCUAUCUGUCCGUUCAUAUCUAUCUAUCUAUCUAUCUAUCUAUCUAUCUAUCUAUAUCAGUCUGUUCAUACAGGGGGCCGACACUAUUUUUGGGACACUUUGA